UGGGGUUGUCUGAACCUCGCGCCAGAUGGUCCGGUGCCUUUUUAAAGCUCCUGUUGCUCGUGUUUGCUCUCUGAGCGAGAGUCUGAGAAUGCUAAUUUGGAUCAGGGAUGGAAGGUUGUAAGACAGUAUUAUGCACGGGGGGAAAGUGUCCGCCCGCGUGACCCGCGGCGAGGCGCAUUCAGCUCCAGGGAUUCCUUUCAGAUUCGACACACGCGGGACCCUGAUGGAACACACAAUAGUGAAGGCGCGCACCCUCUAUCUUCUACUCUCACUCGGUUAAGUACAAGACUCCGGUUCCACAUUCACUCUCUUCUAUUUCUCUCUCCUCUCUGGCAUCUUGCGGGAUAACGACCAAAUAGUAUCCAGUCUCCGCUGUAACCAACUUGAGUAGGCACCACUAACUAGUAUGUCCAAUGUUUCAUGUUGCGUUCAUUGUUUUCCCAGUGAAAUAGAGUAUGGGCGAACUGUAUACAUUAAUUUCAAAAUAAAUUGUGAGAAUUGUACUGCGGUAAUCGUUCCUCACAGCCUGUGCGUAAAAUGCAAGCAGGGAUAUUUUUGGAAGUAGCAAACCAAGGCAGACCAUUAUGAAAUGUUAUUGCUCAUGGUUAUAGUAUGGGGAAGUUACAAUACUAUUUACGCACAUUCAUUCUGACAGUGACACACUUUUGUGAAUUGCAGCUAUAACAAUAUGCGAGUGUCGAAGCAGCCCUGGGUCAAUCUUUUGGACGUGUUUAAAGUUCGCCAUGAAUAAUCCCCCCCGCAUCCAUUGUUGUGGCACACUUUAAAACUCGGUCUUUGGGUUGGUCCUUCCAGCUUACGGAAUCAAUGCCCUUCUGUGUCGUGAGUGGACAUCCUGGAGGCAGCGAAGCGAUAUACUUGAUUUACGGAGGGGGAAGAGGAGUGGGGGAGGAGGACUGCUGUGGGAACGUUUUUGUGUAUAUGUGAGCUGAGGAAAAAGACGCAGUUUGGGUGAGGGGCGGGCUAUGAGGGCCAGUCUGCCUACGGAGACGAGACAGACGGCUGGAGCGCGCGACAGAGCAGAGCGCACAGCAACACGAGCGGAGCUGCGCCUUUUCUCUUCGCUCAGAUUUCCAGCCACACGCUCAUUCAAACACACAUACGCCGUGCGUGGAUUUAUGCAUCAGAACCGCUUGGAAGAGCAAGAAGUCAGCAUUUGAGUUGUUUUUGGUGUAAAAUCCGAGCGGAAAGAAAACGCUGACCCGAUCAAUAUUGUGUGCUCAGAUCAAAUAUUGCAGCCGAUUUGCACGACUUUUCACCGACCGUGGUUUACUGGAGGAUUAACAUGCCUGACUUUUGAGUGAACAUAUUUUUUUUCAAACCUUGCUCCUAGGUGAAGUGUGGCCCCAGUUCGGGUGCUAAAGAUGGGUGCCAAAAUGAAUACAUCCAAAGGGAAUAUAUUUUUUUCCACUGCACUGUCAUUAUUUUUGGUCACAAUUAUACAGGACGUUUCUGGUAAGAAUUUGAAAUAUAAAGUUUACGAAGAGCAAAAAGUGGGCACGGUGAUUGCAAGGCUAAAGGAGGACGUGGCGGGUGUUCUGUCUAAAUUGCCGAGUUCAGUGUCCUUUCGGUUCCGUGCUAUGCAGCGUGGGAGCCCUCCGUUUCUUUCGGUUCGGGAGGAGGACGGUGAAAUAACCAUAGGGACCAAGAUUGACCGCGAGAAGCUUUGUGAAAAGAACCUCAAUUGUUCCAUCGAAUUUGAUGUUAUAACCCUUCCCACUGAAUACCUUCAGCUUUUCCAUGUCGAGGUGGAAGUCUUGGACAUUAACGAUAACUCGCCACAGUUCUCCCGUGCCAUCAUCCCCAUUGAGAUUUCGGAGAGCGCGUCCGUGGGCAACCGAAUCCCAUUGGACAGUGCCACUGACCCGGACGUGGGCGAUAACUCCCUUUACUCUUAUUCCUUGACGCCGAAUAACUUUUUCAAAAUCGACAUUAGGACCAGAACCGACGGUACCAAGUACGCCGAGCUGGUUGUGGUGAGAGAGCUAGACAGGGAAUUGCUCUCAAGCUUCCAGCUGCAGCUAACGGCUUCGGAUAAUGGAGUUCCCCCGAAGUCCGGCUCUACUUUGCUCAAGAUAAGUAUCUCGGACUCAAAUGACAACAGUCCGGCGUUUGACGAGCAGACGUACGUUAUUAAUCUCCUGGAAAAUUCACCACUCGGGACUCUUCUGAUUGAUUUGAACGCCACAGAUCCAGACGAGGGCACUAACGGUAAAAUAGUUUACUCUUUUAGCAGUCACGUCUCUCCCAAAAUAUUAGAGACGUUUAAAAUGAACCCGGAAAACGGCCAAAUAACUCUGAUGAAAAAAGUGGACUACGAAUCUACGUCAUCCUAUGAGCUGGACGUUCAAGCGCAGGAUUUGGGUCCGAACUCAAUCCCCGGGCUCUGUAAAAUAGUUAUAAAGUUGGUGGAUGUUAACGACAACAAACCGGAGAUCAGCAUUAACCUGAUGACUCCGGGUAAGGAGGAGGUGGCCUACAUAACGGAGGGUGCGCCGGUGGAUACCUUCAUUGCGCUGGUACGUGUGGACGACAGUGACGCAGGGCUCAACGGGGACGUCGUCUGUCGCUUGCACGGCCACGGUCACUUCCGGCUGCAGAAGACCUACGAGAAAAACUACAUGAUCCUGACCAACGUGUCUCUGGACAGAGAGAAGAGGUCGGAGUACAGUCUGACCGUUAUAGCCGAGGACCGUGGCACUCCGAGCCUCUCCACCAUCAAACACUUCACCGUUCAGGUGUUGGAUGAAAACGAUAACCCGCCUCGCUUUGAGAAGAGUCGCUACGAGGUCUUCAAGUCGGAAAACAACUCUCCUGGGGCCUACCUGAUGACCGCAGUGGCGUCUGACCCUGACCUGGGCACCAAUGGUCAGGUGACCUACACGGUUCUGGACACCCUGGUUCAGGGAAGCCCCAUCUCUACCUACGUCACCAUCGACCCAUCCAACGGCGCCAUCUACGCCCUGCGGAGCUUCGACCAUGAGGAUGUUAGCCGCAUCUCCUUCACCAUCCAGGCCCGCGAUGGGGGCAACCCCGCCCUGUCCUCCAAUGCCACCGUCCUCCUGACGGUGCUGGAUGACAACGACAACCCACCCGUCGUCCAGUCCCCGCCCCUGCGGAACCACACGGCCGACCUCCCCCUCUGGAGACACGCCUCCGCCGGUCAGCUGGUCACCGUCAUCAAGGCGACAGACCGCGACACCGGCGCCAACGGGGAGCUGAGUUGUUCCAUCGUCGGGGGCAAUGAGGAAGGCCUGUUCGUGAUGGACGGGCGACGGUGCGAGCUGCACACCAACGGCAGCCUGGGCGGGGUUCCCAAGGACGUGCUGGAGAUUCGGGUGGAGGUGCAGGAUAGGGGCACAACCCGGCUGUCCACCGGGGUCCUGCUUCGCCUCUCACUCCAGGAGAACAUGGACAUCGUGCCGCCAGGCCCCCCCACGGGUCCCAGCCAGCCAUCCCUGGACCUCUCCCUCAUCAUCAUCAUCUCCCUGGGGGCUGUGUGCGCCCUGCUGCUGGUGGUCAUGGUGAUGUUCGCCACGGCACGCUGCAACCGGGAGAAGAAGGAUCCGCGGAACUCGUACAACUGCAGGGUGGCAGAGAACACGUACCAGAACCACCCCAAGAAGCCCGCCCGACAGAUCCACAAGGGGGACAUCACGCUCGUGCCCACCGCCAACGGCACCCUGCCCAUACGGGCGCACCCGCGCUCGCCAUCCGCCUCGCCAGCCCCAGAGAGGGGCACCAUGGGUAGCCGGCAGAGCCACCACAGCCGCCAGUCGCUCAACAGCCUGGUCACCAUCUCCUCCAAUCACGUCGCAGAGAACUUUGCUUUGGAACUGGCCCAUGCCACGCCCCCUGUUGAGCAAGUCUCACAGCUUCUGUCCAUGCUCCAUCAGGGCCAGUACCAACCAAGACCCAGUUUCCGUGGCAACAAAUACACCAGGAGCUACAGGUAUGCCCUGAACGACAUGGACAAGUUCAGCCUGAAGGACAGUGGUCGCGGGGACAGCGAGGCGGGGGACAGUGACUACGAGGCCGGCCGGGAGUCCCCCAUCGACAGGCUCCUGGGUGAGGCCUUUACUGAGCUUUAUCCCCAUGACAACCAACGCAGACCCCAUCCUCAGCACCCACGUGCAGCGAUGAGACUGUGCACCGACGAGUGCCGUGUCCUCGGCCACUCUGACCAAUGCUGGAUGCCUCCGCUGACCUCCCCGGCCUCCGCCGACUACCGCAGCAACCUCUUCAUCCCAGGAGAGGAAGCCCGCCAGCCCAGCGACCCACAGGAACCCCCGCAGCCCAGCGACCCGGCCCGCCCGCACGGCCAGCGCAACAGCCAGAGCUUCUCCACCUUCGGCAAGGACAGCCAGGGGGGGGCGGAGGACGGCGAGGCGGGGGACAGGGGAGAGGAGGUUGACGAGGAGGACCUUUGUGGAACCACCUCCCUGCUGUCGGAGAUGAGCAGCGUGUUCCAGAGGCUCCUCCCCUCAUCGCUGGACGCCUACAUCCAGGUGAGCGAGAGCCAGAAGGGUGGGGCCGGCGCGGUGGGCGGAGGGAUCCCAAUGACGGGGUCGCUGGACAGGAGGAGGGGUCAGCUGCCUGGUAAGCCCAGUGCUGCCGCCCACCAACAGGGCGUGGCAGCGUGGGCCGCCAACACGCACUUCCAGAAUCCCGGCUCGAGCAUCGGACCCUCGGGUCACCCGCACCCCCAGAAUGGCAGCUACCACACCCUGAAACCCAGCACCAAGCUCAGCCCCCAGGGCAACCACCACAACCUGGCUGUCCCCAAAAACAGCCCCCAGAACGGGCAAGGACCCCACGCCCCGACCCCCAAAAACAGCCCUCUCCUCACCGCCCUCGUCAGCCCUACACUGGUGGCCCCUUCCUCAGUCCAGGCCCCGAACCCUGCCCCCCCCCCGGGGCCGUGCGGCAAGUGGCUGCCGGCCAUGGAGGAGAUACCAGAGAACUACGAGGAGGACGACUUUGACUCUGUUUUGGGGCAGCUGGGACAACUACAGGGGAAGAGGAGCGACAGUCGUCACGAGCUAAUGGACGCCAGCGAGCUGGUGGCCGAGAUCAACAAACUCCUACAGGAUGUCCGGCAGAGCUAGACAUCCCUGUUAAAUACCUUCUGCUCACCCCCUCUGAACUCUGACCUCCAGCUCCCUGACUUCCUGUCAGGGGUCCUGCCAUAUUUACGGAGGUGGAGAGGUGGAGUCUGGGUAGGAGAAAAGUAAAAUAGAAACAGAAGACAUAGACCUGCAAUUGUCGUUAAAGUUGCAUUUCUGACGUAUUUGUGUUUUGUGAAUGCUAAGUAUCCAAAUGAGUUUUUUAUUUUCUGGUUUGGUACACAAUGUACACAA